AUGACACCACCGGAGUUCUAUCCGUCGCCGCCCCCAUCGCAGCAAGAAACGGAGGAAGCUAGUAGUGGUAGUGGUAGUGCUGCCGCCCGCAGCCAAGACGACUUGCCGCCCGCUCGGAAGAAGCGUCGGGUGGCCGCCCCUAAGGAACGCUGCACUCAGCAUCUUGACCUAUCGUCUGGCGCCUCCCUCUCCUAUGAUCAGCAGCAGUCGCAGAUCGAUUAUCUCGUCAAGACUCUCCGCCGUCAUCGCAAAAUUGUCGUCAUUGCCGGUGCUGGCAUUUCCACGUCUGCAGGAAUUCCCGAUUUUCGCUCCAGCGAUGGUCUCUUCAAAACUCUUCAAAAGAAACACAACCUCAAAGCGUCGGGAAAGCUCCUCUUCGAUGCUGCGGUGUAUCAGGAUGAAACCUUGACCGCUUCUUUCCAGGACAUGGUCCGGUCGCUGUCGGAGGAGGCUGCCAACACCUCCCCGACCGCGUUCCACCACAUGCUGGCUCGUUUGGGCCAGGAAAACCGCCUGACGCGCCUCUACACUCAGAACAUUGAUGGGAUUGAGACAUCAAUGCCCCCGCUGGCCACCCAGAUUCCUCUUAAUGUCAAAGCGCCAUGGCCGCGCACCAUCCAAUUGCACGGCAGUCUCGAGAAAAUGGUGUGUCAGAAGUGCCGCCAUUUGAGCAACUUUGAUGGGAGUUUGUUCGAUCGGCCGGAUGCCCCUGAGUGUCCCGAGUGCGUCAUCAACAACCAAUUCCGCAUGGACACGGGCCAGCGAAGUCACGGGAUCGGCAAGAUGCGACCGCGCCUCGUCCUCUACAACGAACACAACCCGGAUGAAGAAGCCAUCACCUCCGUCAUGAAUGCAGACAUUCGCUCUCGCCCGGAUGCUUUGAUUGUGGUGGGCACGAGUUUGAAAAUCCCCGGUGUCCGUCGCCUAGUAAAGAGCCUGUGCUCGGUGAUUCGAAGUCGUCGCAACGGUGUGACCAUGUGGAUCAAUAACGAACCCCCCAGUGGGAAAGAAUUCGAGGACUGCUGGGAUCUGAUGGUCAAGGGGGACUGCGAAGAAGUCGCUCGGCUCGCAGGGCUCAAGCGCUGGGAUGCUCCAGAGGAGGUAUUUGAUGAAUGCAAUCUGUCCGAGGCCGAGCGGGUGAAAAAUGAGCAAGGAGAAGUCGAGAUUGUCAUCCAGACGCCCCGGAAGAAGCAGCGCACACCGACUGGGUUUCUUACUCCGUCUUCCAGCCAUGACGAGGAGAUUUCGAAGGACUUGUCCGAGGCACUAUCCAUAUCCGCGUGUCCCAAUCCCGCUAGCCGCGGACGCAGUCUUCAGGACGUCCUCCAAGCCUCCAAGACCAACGGCACGAGGAAGGCUGCGCCCAAGAAAACUGUGCCGAAGAAGCGGACGAGGAAGACAGAGCCGGCCAAGAAUUCGAAGAUCAACAACUUCGGAAAAGUCACUAAGGCGCAGAAGGUCCCGGCCGACGGCGACAAGGCUGUCAAGUUGGAGAAGGAAGACAGCAAGCCGAUGGUUCCCCUGCCUCCGGGCGCUGCGCGCAACAAUGGCCCGAUGGUUCCUCAGCUGGUGGGCAAGGGCGAAUCGACGCCUCCUCGGAGCACCAGCCGAUGGCAACAGCCGGAGACCAUCUCGCCGAAAUCGGUUCCCAAUGGGAUGAGCAGCCUUCUCAACGAGCCGGCUGCGUAA